CAGCACCGCCUGGAGCUUGGCGCUUCGAUGAGGUAAUAGACGCAGCUGCACAGCUUGUUUUAAGGUGCCUGGAGUGUGGCGCGCCGGGGGCUUUGCGCCAAACAAAGAGACGGUGCUAUCGCAACUUCGCUCUGGGCAACUGAGCAACUACUGCAGUCGAGUCCAUGUAGAAUCAACCACCACAUACGACCAUCUGCCUGAGCGAAGUUUGCAUUUCCAUAUCUCCUCCCGACCCAUCGACGCCACCGUGCGAGACCGCUGCUCGAACACACAUCAGGCGAAGACGACCCACGAGCUCGGCAGACGAACCGAGCACAAGCCUCUAUCCCCAAGCUCUUGAUGGUGGAGGCCUAGUGGCAUAGUCCACGAGGCCGCUUAUCAACAUCCAACCAUGGCUGCGGCUGAAAAGGCGAUGCGCAACGGUGACGGCGAUUCCACAAACCUCAACGGCGCUGUCACGGUCAACGGAGACCACAGCCAUGACGACGAUCGAUCAUAUCCUGCCUUGCCGGAUAAUGGACACACCCAGGGCCACGAGUCUGGCGCCUGGAGGGCCGCGGGCAUUCGCUUUGCGCCGCUGCGCAUGCCCUUUCCUCGUCGGCUGCAAACCGCCGCCGUCUUCUUCCACUGCAUGACUCUCGUCACCCUGAUCUCGCUGUUCUGGUUCACUUGCGCAAACGUUCUGACGUGGCCCAUCCUGGUGCCGUAUCUGGUGCAUCUGACGCUUUCGACCGCGGCGACCAAUGGCAAGCUCAGCUACCGAUCCGAGUACCUGAGAUCUCUGCCCCUCUGGAGAUUCUUUGCGGCGUAUUUCCCCAUGAGGCUGCACAAGACAUACGACCUUCCACCGGACAGGAGGUACAUCUUUGGCUAUCAUCCACAUGGCAUCAUCUCCCACGGCGCCUGGACCGCUUUCAGCACAAACGCCCUGGGUUUCUCGGCAAAGUUUCCCGGCAUCACAAACACCCUGUUGACGCUCGAGUCGAAUUUCCGAAUUCCCUUUUACCGCGACUGGAUCUUGUUAAUGGGCAUGGCCUCUGUGUCCAAGGAAUCCAUCCGGAACACGCUGACGCAAGGCGGUCCCAAGAACGACGGGACAGGCCGUGCUGUCACGAUCGUCAUCGGCGGAGCUCGUGAAUCCUUGACGGCCCAGCCGGGAACCUUGCGGCUCAUCCUCAAAGGCAGAAAGGGCUUCGUAAAGAUGGCUCUGCGCACGGGAGCUGACCUGGUCCCCGUCCUCGCCUUUGGCGAAAACGACUUAUACGACCAGCUAACCGCGGAGACGCACCCGAUGGUCCACAAGUUCCAAAUGUUCGUGCUGAAGGUGUUCAAGUUUACGCUCCCUGCAAUCCAUGGCCGAGGCAUUCUCAACUACGACGUCGGUCUCAUGCCCUACCGUCGCCAGGUCAACAUCGUGGUGGGCAAGCCGAUCCGCAUCGACUCGCCUCCCUGUGAGCAGCCGUCACAAGAGGAUGUGGACCGGUACCACGAGCUGUAUGUCGAAGAAAUUGAAAAGAUUUGGGAGACUUACAAGGAUCAGUUUGCCAAAAACCGGACGUCUGACCUUGUCAUUUCUGCUUAAGUCUUGACUCGCGUACUGAUGACAUCACCGGCUUCUCUUCGUUGUCUCCUUCUUUCUUCCCCCUUUGUUUUUAUGUUUACUCUUCUUUUUUUUUUUUUGUGUGUCUGUUUUGCUAGGGAUAUUGGAUAGGGAUAUGAGUUAUUGGACUCAGGGUAAUUCAAAAGGAUGGACAAAACAAAUCUUCAAGGAGUAGUCGUAAUCGUUGGAGUUUAUCGAUGGCGGGUGCCAGAGUAAGAGCACUUUAAGCAAGCAAGUUAUGAAUCAAUAGAUUGUAAAACAAAAGAACUUUUGAAUACGACAUUUUGGAACUAUUAUAGGCCCGCAUUCGUGUAAUAAUAUGAUUAAAUCAUUUGAC